AUGCAAUAUAACAUUUGUUCAGCAUAUUUUAUCCGACCACAAAUAAGUUAUAAAAAUAUUACCGACAUAUCCGAUGUAAAUGAAUUUUCUAUGAAUAUAGUUUCAGUUAACGAUCAAACUUUUGAGUUGAUACAAGAUAAAUAUGAUAUUUUUGAUAAUAUAAAAAAAGGAGAAAUCAUUUCACCUGGAAUCUCAACAGUUACUGCUUAUCUUUCACCAAAACAAACAUUUAACGGUAUCUUCCUUAAUUUUCGGUCAACAAGCAGAUCUCACAUAUUUUCAAAUUGGGAUGGUAUUUUUAAUAGCAACCAACCUGACGGAACUACAAAUUGGGACCCUAUUUUUAAUAGUAAUGGACUGCAAGUAUCUUCAAAUUGGGUAACAAACAAUGUACAGAAAGUUCCACAACAACCUACAACAAACUUUUUAUUAACUACCCCAUCAAAUUAUCAAAUAAUUUCAGCAAACAAUAUACCGCCAUAUAGACGACAAACCCCUCAGUUUAUUUCAAGCCAACCUGAUAUUCGGUCACAACAACAAUCGUCACAAAAUAAUUUAAAUCAAUUAUACAACAACUUAAAGGAAAUUUGUGGUACAACUUUAGUUUCUACUCAACUGGUUUUUGGUGGAAAAGAGUCUACAAGAGGUGCAUGGCCAUGGCUGACUGCACUUUAUAAAAUUUCUUUGAAUAAAUUUAUUUGUGGUGGUAGUUUAAUAUCAAGAUCAACAGUUUUAACAGCUGCACAUUGUUUUGGAAAUGAUACAAAUUUAGAAAAUUAUUUGAUGGGUAUUGGAGUACAUAAUCUAAUAGAAAACAAUGAUAAAGAAUCUUUAUAUUUAAGAUUAAAACAAAUUUUUUUACAUGAUAAUUAUAAUCCUUAUAGAACACGUAUUGAUGGUGAUAUUGCAAUUGCAAUAUUAGAAACUGAAGUAAAUUUUAGCAAAUUUAUUCGUCCGAUAUGUUUAUGGAAUAAUCCAAAUGAACUUAUAAAUCAAGAAAGUGUAAUAGCUGGUUGGGGUUUAGUAGAUUAUCAAAAUUCAUCAAAUAUACCAAGAUAUGUUGAAACAAAAAUUGUUUCACAUGUUGAUUGUUUAACAUCACAUCCACAUUUUAAUUUAAUAUUUUCAAAUACAACUUUUUGUGCUACUGGACUUUAUAAAUCUAGUGGACCAUGUACUGGUGAUUCUGGUGGUGGUUUAAUAAUCGAAAAACAUGGUAAAUGGUUUUUGAAAGGAAUAAUAUCAGAAGGAAUUGCUCAUGCAAUAAAAAUAUGCGAUUUAAACAAUUAUGUUGUAUAUACAGAUGUACCGAAAUUUAUAAAUUGGAUUGAA